CUCUGAAAAUGAAACUGUAAUGUGGGCUGUGAGUAUCACUUAAAUUUGUCAGUUUUCCUGAAACUCUGCUGAUUCUGUAUUGUUGACACGAUACCAGAUAAAUAAAAUCUGUCUUAACAGGAUUUUAUCCAGUGUAACAAAACUGUCCUGUUCCAAGUGUAGACAGGAACUUCCCACUGAAAAAGUCUAUAGUGAAUUGAAAGUUGGUCAGUAUGGUUCAAAGAUCCUAGGAACUGAAGCUGAGACAUUCAAUGCAGGAAACAGACUGCAAAGACAAAGAAGAGAUGCAGAAUGUGUGUGCUACAAAUGGGAGAACAGAGCAGUGCUGUGGGGAGCACAGAUGGAGACUGGAGUUGUUUUGCCAGGAGGAUGAGGCCUUUAUCUGUGUCCUGUGUGUUCCCAGACAUUCCGGUCACAGUUUUGUGUUCCUGCAUGACACAGUCAGUGUGUAUAAGGACAAACUGAAAACAUCACUAUCAUCCCUGGAAUUAAAAGUCGGAGAUCUUAAAGAUUUGCAAACCAAGACUGAGACAGAAUUCCUGUUGACAGAAGAACAUGCUGUUAAUUUACAAAAAUACAUUGCAGAAGAGUUUGCAAAACUGCACCAGUUUCUCCAUGACAAGGAACAAAAACUCAUUCAACAACUUAACAGCAAAGCAUCAGAAAUUCUGAAAGAGCUAGAAGAAAAUCUUGAAUGCAUUAAAACUGGUGUCACAGAAAUCCACUCAGCAGUGUCUGAUAUUAACUUGGAAAUCAAAAAAGAAGUAGACAUUCUGGAGGAGAGAAGUGACGCAGACACUCUGACAACCACUGAGGAAUCGGUGUCAGGUGACACCUCAGAACAUGGAAAACACAAAACGAAUGGAGUUCUAUCAGCUCCAGAAUCCUUUGAGGAUGUUGCUGUUACUUUCUCAGCAGAGGAGAUGAAGAUGUUAACAAAACAAGACAAGGAGCUUCAUAAGGAAGUGAUGUUAGAGAACUAUGAAACCUUAGUUUCAGCAGGUUACAAGAUCCCCCCAGAGGCAUUGUUAGUGCUACUUAAAGAAGAUAACGCUGAACUGCAAGUGAAUGACGAGGGGGUAAACAGAACAGAACAAAAGAAUAAGAAUAAUUUAAAAAAAAAGCCUGACAGUAAGCAGUUCAUUAAUGAUGCAUUUUUAUGAUAUUUUCUACACUCUUUAAUCUACUUUGAGGAAAAUGGGAGAAAAUAUAUGUACAGUAAAAGAAUAAAGGCAAAAGUCUAAAAAUA